AUGAACAUCGCCACCGACGAAUUCGGGAACCCCUUCAUAAUCCUGCGGGAGCAGGAGGAGAAGAAACGCGUCAAAGGAAUUGAAGCCCACAAGGCACGGGCGAACAUAACGGCUGCAAAAGCGGUAGCCGAUUCGCUGCGUUCUUCUUUGGGCCCCAAAGGAAUGGACAAAAUUAUUGUUGGCCCUGAUGGCGACAUUACUGUUACAAACGAUGGAGCAACAAUUCUAGAUAGGAUGCAGAUAAAACACCAGUGCGCCAAGCUGUUGGUGGAUUUGUCAAGAUCUCAAGAUGCAGAAAUCGGCGACGGAACAACCGGCGUUGUCAUCCUGGCAGGGAAUCUGCUUGCGGAGGCGCUUCGUCUGAUUGACAAAGGGCUUCAUCCCCUCCGUGUUGCGGACGGUUUUGAGGCUGCUGCUCAAAUUGCUGUGCAAUGUUUGGAAGAAGCGGCGAUAGAAAAAGACGUCUUGGGUGCAGAUCAGGAUCUUUUGCGUCAGACUGCCAAGACUGCGCUGGGCUCGAAAGUCGUGAGCAGCUGCAAGGAGAAGUUGGCAGAUCUCUGCGUGCAGGCAGUGCUGGCGGUUGCGGACAAGGAGAGGAAAGACGUGAAUUUAGACAUGAUAAAGCUGGACGGCCGUGCAGGCGGUCUGUUGGAGCAGUCGACGUUGGUGCGGGGUAUUGUGCUGCACAAGGAUUUGAGCCAUUCGCAGAUGCGCAAGGAGACAAAAGACGCAAAGAUCGCCAUCUUGACAUGCCCCUUUGAACCCCCGAAGCCGAAGACAAAACACAAACUCGACAUCACCAAUGCUGCAGACUACAAGAAGCUGCAGGCUGCCGAACAGAAUUAUUUCAAAGACAUGAUUGAGCAAGUUAAGAAGGCUGGAGCAAACUUUGUCAGUACUUGGCACAUUUCUCCAUUCCUUCCCUGUCCCACCCCACCCCUGUAUGUGGUGUGUCAAUGGGGCUUCGACGACGAGGCGAACCAUUUGUUGUUGGCUGCGGACAUUCCGGCGGUGCGUUGGGUUGGGGGGGUGGAAAUUGAAAUGCUGGCGAUUGCAACCGAAGGCAGGAUCGUCCCCCGAGCGCAAGAACUCAGCGCCAGUAAACUGGGGAAAGCUGGGUGCAUCCGGGAGGUCCCCUCAGGCACAAUGGGAGACAAAAUGAUCGUCAUUCAAGGUUGCAGCAACUCGCGUGCAGUGACAAUGGUUUUGUACGGGGGUACCCAGAUGCUGGUGGCCGAGGCAGAGCGUUCGGUGCACGACGCUUUGUGCGUUGUCAGUGCAUUGGUGCGCGAUGGAAGGGUAGUAGCUGGCGGGGGUGCGGCAGAAAUUGCUGCAGCGCGAGCGGUGGAGAGUCAAGCGGAUUCAGUUUCUUCAGUUGGUCAAUAUGCUGCACGCGCGUUUGCCGAUGCACUGCUCGGGCUUGCCGAAGCGCUCGCAGCAAACUCCGGACUCAGCCCAAUUCAUGAGGUGCAACGCAUUAAGGCGCUACAACAGCAAACGAACUGCCCGUACUACGGCAUCGACUGCAUGCAAACCGGGACGAACGAUAUGAGGGAGCAGCAAGUCUGGGAACCUUUUGCUUCCAAGAAGCAGCAGAUUCUCCUCGCCACCCAGGUAGGCCUGAAGCCGUAA